AUGAAAUUUUUAAUUACAAUUUUAUUAUUAUGUAUUAUAAAUUUUGUAAUUGGUGAAAAUAAUUUAUUAUCAUCAUCAUCUUCAAUAAUUCCAAGUGAAUGUGGAAAUCCAAAUUAUCAAAAAUUAGAAAGUUAUAUUAAUGGAUUAGUUGGGUCUUAUGGAUACUGUAACGGUACAGAAUGGGGUGUAACAGAUUUCAAAUCAUUUUCAAUUUUAAGUGAAAAUUCUCAAAAUUCUCAACAAACAGCAUCAACAAUUAAACUUUGGGUAUUAUUAUCAGUUUUUAAAGAUAUUGAAGCAGGUUUAUACACAUUAGAAAAACAAAUUGAAUGUUCAACUGGUCUUAUCACUGUUGAACAAUGUAUUGCUUUAAUGAUUGGUGUAUCUGAUAAUUGUGCAACCUAUUCAUUAACUGCAUUAACUAAAAUUGAAUCUGUAAAUUCUUUAUUUUCAGAAUUAGGAAUGAAUGAUAGUCAAUUUAUUGAAUGGUGUUUUUCAACAUGUGUUGGAUAUAGUGAUCCAUGUCCAAACGUUUCAGGUGGUUCAGGUAAUAAUGUGUUAAGUUCACAUGAUGUUAUCCAUGGAUUAACACUUUUACAUCAAGGUUCAAUUUUAAAUCAAACAAUGACAGAGAUGACCUAUAAAUAUUUAUUGACUGCACAUGGUUGGCAACCAAUGAUUGGAUAUUAUGUUCCAGCACCAGUUGCCCAUAAAUCUGGUUGGUUACCAGCUGAUGAAGGUUUUGACCCAUUCACUGAAAAUGAUGAAGCCAUUGUUUUCUCUGAAUGUGGUGAUUAUGGUGCUUCAAUUAUGAUCACUAGAGAUUGGUCAAAUCCACAAGAAGAUACAAUCGCUUUAGAAUUGGGUGCUUUAAUUGGAAAAUAUAUUUAUUGUACAAUGGUACCAUUUGGUAAUACAAAUGAUGGUGCUUCAUGUUCUUAUAUUUUAUCACAACCAAUUCCAACACCAUCUUGUACUUCUUCUUCCUCUUCUUCUUAA